GCGUGGCCGGCGCGCGGGAUAUUAUGGUCCGGUUGCAGAGCGCGAGCAGCGACAGAAACCCAUCAUGACGCUUCAUCGUUCACAUCUAUUCCUCCGCUGGACGUUGUGCAAAAAUGUCAUCUUCGUGACAGCAGCGGACAUUUGCUCACAGGCGGCUCUUUAGACGGCAUGCUUCCAGUGCUUGACUCACGGAGGCAAAGCGUCCGCGUCGCUCUGCUUCAGUGAUCCAGAUAUGGACAGAGCAGAGGAGGAGGCCAUAUAUAACCCACAUACCUCCAACGUCUGUAGCCUGGAUGACACAAACACCAUCCUUGACCUGGACAGUGAAUCUCUUUCAGAGCCCCUUCCUCCUCCGGCCCUGGACAGUCCUGAGCCGCCUCUGCUCCGGGAUCCCAGUCCUCCUCCGCUGGCCGCGCUCAGCCCGGCUCGACCCACCACCCUGCUCCUGAAAACCCUGCCCCGGCCCGUGACCAGCAGCACCAGGGAGAACGGAGGACCGCUGGGCAAAGACCCGGAGGAAGAGGAGAAGAAGCUGAUGGAGGAGGAGCUGAAGAAAUGCAUCGAGGAUUUCAGGAGAAUCCGCAUCCCCAAACUCUUCCCAGACCGCAAGAGACACUGGCAGAGUGAUCUGCUGAAAAAAUACAACGCGUAACACGGACAAACAGCAGCGCUGUCUGGCUCCUGGAUGUGUUUUGUGAGUUACUCUUCCUAGCUGUGGCACGAAGAGCCCUGCAGCUGUGAUUAAAAGACUUGUCAGAGACACCAAGCUGAUCUAAACUCUGUGUUAUUCAUGCCAAAAAACCCAAAUGCAUUUUUUCUUUGUGUCACUAUUUAUUGCUUUCCUUAUCAUUUCAAAUACAGUUCUUGAAUGACCUGUUAUGUUAUUUUAUAAUUAAUCAUGAUUAAUCACUAAAAUAAGACUUUUUGUUUACAUAAUAUACCUACUGUGUUUAUUACGUAUAUAUAAACUCACAAAUAUUGACGUAUAUAGUUUGAAAACAGUGUUAUUAUUUUUCUAUUGUAAAUAAAUAUAUUGAAUAUACAAAGUUGUUUUACUUAAACGUAUACAUGCAUGCGUUUGUAUUUAUGCAUAAUAAAUAUGGACAGUAAACGCUCAUAUAUUAUGUAAACAAAAGCUUUUAUUAUGGAUGCGAUUAAUCGUUUGACAGCACUAAUCAUUUUAUAGAGUUCACGACCUGUUUGCCACGCUGCUGUUUCUUCUUCUUUAUUUUGUUGCACUGACAGGCGAGGAAACGAACGGGUGUUUAUGCUGAUUUAAAACGAAUACAGUUAUUUUUGACAACGCAAUGCAUCACAAAGCAGUUGCAAGCCUUUUGUUUGAGUUCAGAGUCUGUUAGCAGUGAAGUAACAUGCAGGCUAUAUAAUCAAAUCCUCCUUAAAACUGUCUGAAAAGCACAAAAGCGUCACGAAUUUCAGGUUGCUCGUGGUUUUAGAUGCAUUGGUUUAUUUGAUGGUUCAAGAUUUUUUACAACUUUUUUAUGUCAUAAACUAUGUUCCUGAAUCAUGAAUAAAUUAUGGUAAAAUGCAUUUAUCGAUUCAUUUAAAGGUACGCACCGCUGAUAUCUGAAAUCAAACUAAUUUGUGUGACAGUAAAUAAAGCAAUAACACCUUAAAGUGGAAGUGUAUCGUUUCUGUGUCGGUGCACAAUAAAUGUUUGGUUUAAAUCACGUUUACACAU